AUGGUCACUCGCAAAACUUCCCUGCCCUAUCCAUCCUCUCCAUCGCAAAACCAGCAACCCGAUUCCUUCGCGCCUGCCGCUUCGGACUUGGUAGUCGACACAUCGGAUGUACCACCAGUGCCCGGCUCCGCAAGAGACUAUCGACCUCAGCAGCAAACCAAUGCACACAUGGACAACGAUAAUCCAUGGCAGGACCAGAGGUCCCCUCCCGCUCAAUCUUUACCAGAUGCGCUGAGAGCAGGCGGGGCCGGGGCCAGCGGUCACCAGCGAGAGCACUCGCUGACCAACAUACCACAAGCCCUACGGCCCGGCGGCUCCGGUCAAGAUACGCCCCGUUCUUCGAUCGAUAGUGGUGAAUCAAGAGAUUGGUGGGAUGACGAUGAUGCAGAGAAUGCUGAGAGAUCGCCGCGCCGAAGCCCUGUGCGAGAAGUCCCAGAGUCUCUACGGCCGCGAGGGCAUUCGCCCGCAGCCGCUCCUCAGCCACCAUCCCCAUCCGUAAUCAAGCGGAAACCCGUGCCAGUAACGCUCACCGAUCACGAAGACUCGGCGCCGCAUUCAGAGUUUGCAUCCAACAAUCCAUUCCGCCGCCCGUCCUCCGACGCACCCGCUCCGCCCGUCGCUGCACCUCCGCUACCUCCGUCCCCUCAUUGGGGCUCAGAAGAGCAACAACCAGAAGGCAAGGGGAAAGCACCAAUGCGAGAUCCAGCUUUCAGUGCAUCAAUAACAGACUUCUCGCGGAUGAGCAUAAAUGGAGGCAGUCUACCCGACCCUUCAGCUUACCACAAGAUGCAAACCCCCCAACAGGAGCAGGACGAUCCUUGGAAGAAGCUUGAGUCUCCCGCACCCCCUCAACAGGAGCAAGAGGGUCCAUGGCAAGGGUUCGAAUCUCCCGCUCCCCCUCAGCACGCACCUCCACCCCCCCAAGCAGCGCCCCCUCCCAUCCCUCCGCCAUACGUUGGACUCACGAAUCACCCAUCUUCCUUUGCGGAACCUCGAGACAGUCAAAUUAACCUCCAGAAUUCAUGGGGUCCACCGCGAGAGAACGCGCCUGUCCCACCUCCCGUGCCAUCAGAUCCUCAGAAGCUGGAGGCCCCGCACAAUGCCGGCAUUCCGAGCUACAGUCAACAUCAAGGCGCAGUAUCCGGGGUAACUGAGCAAAUUAAACCACCAAGUGAAAUGCAAACUCAUAUCCGCAUGGCUGAGCCGUCUUUGCUUGACGAUGAUGAUGAGGAUGAAUUCAGCACCCCGUCAGCCCACAGACCAAAUCCAACUGGACAGCCGCACCAGAGUGAGCAGUAUGCUCCGCCACCUGGGCCACCCCCAGGGAGGUCCCUAAACAGUACUACCGGAAUCCCAUCUUCAGAAGAAGCAGCCCCGCCGAAGCCUCCUCGCCCAGCAAUUAGAACAGCACCUUUGUCUGAAGCGGAGCUGGCCAAGAACGCCGAGUAUCGCAAUGAAACGUAUCAAAUCAAGCAUUUCAACUGGUUCGACCACGUGUCUGGCAGAUUACGGAGGUCUUCAAUGCUCACUCAAAACAAGAAUGGCCCGUGUCCUCUCCUUGCCUUGGUGAAUGCUCUCAUUCUUGGUGCCCAGGAUGAAUCUCAAGCAGCGCUCGAUGAUGCCCUUCGGUCAAGAGAGCAAGUCUCGCUAGGUCUCAUCAUUGAGACCCUCAUGUACGAGCUAGUUGACCGGAAUUCAAUGGUAGGCCAGCAGCUACCUGAUGUGGACGAACUCAACGCCUUUCUCAUGAGACUGCGAACCGGCAUGAACGCCAAUCCGCGUUUUAUACCACCAUCCGCACCUGCGCCGAACAUCAUGGAUGCAAGAAACUCAAUGCUCCAUGUUCCAGGCUCCGAACCGCCGCAAGCGAGGGCUGGCACGUUCGAAGCUACAGGUGAUAUCAAAUUGUAUGGUGCAUUCUCGGUGCCGCUUGUACACGGCUGGAUUCCAGAAUCCGAUGCUGCCCAGGCAUUUGCAAGGUCAGCCCCAACUUACGAGGACGCACAGGCCAUACAGUUCAGCGAGGAUGAGCUUGAAUACAAGCUUACGCGAGAAGGUCUCUCGCCCGACGAACAGCGUGUUUGGGAGGAUAUCACCUCCAUCAAGAACUUCUUCAAGCUACACCCAACACAACUCACCCCAUAUGGGCUUCGGAACAUUCAGCAGUCGCUGUCCUCGGGGUCAUUUGCGAUCAUGUUUCGGAAUGAUCAUUUCAGCACCAUUUAUAGGCAUCCACAGUCAGGGCAGAUUUUCACAUUGAUCACAGAUGCUGGAUAUGCUGAUCGAGACGAAAUUAUCUGGGAGUCACUCGUCGACAUAAGUGGCAAAGGUAAUGAGUUCUUCUCGGGGGAUUUCAUGCCCGUCUCUCAUCAGCAAGCCGGAGGCUCGAAUUCCGGUCCGUCACAGCAUCUGACGGUCGAUCAAACAGAUAACGCACCUCUGUCUCCGCAGCAGCAACAAGAGCAACACGAUGCAGAUUUCGCCAUGGCACUGCAGCUCCAAGAGGAAGAGGAACAAAGGCAACGCGCGGAACAGGCCAGAAGACGUCGGUCUGGACAAGGGGCGGGCAAUGGUGCACCCUCGCCCCGCGGUUCGACGGGUAACAUACCUAUCACAUUGCAUCCAACUCGAUCACGUCAGUCUCAGUCAGACCUUCCGGAGAACAGACCGGCAAUACCUCCGCGCAAUCAGAGACCGACUGUCCCGGCUGUCAAUAGACCAGCUGAUGCGAGCAGCGAUGAUGCACCACCAGCUUAUGAAGAGGCCGCGAAGGUUAGACCAUAUAUACCACCAGUUGGCAGCCCUCUUCACCCCAGCUCUGGGCCUACUGGUGAGGGUGCGAGCCCUAUGAGUAGCAGUUCACAGUUGACUGGGACUAUCAGCACUGCCGGUGGCUCAAACAGUGCACAUCCACCAGGUCCGAAUGCGCCUCAUUAUGGCAGCACGGGACGACCACCGCAUGGGAGAAUACCGUCCAAUGUGUCAGGGCGCCUCAGCGCAUACAACGAGCAAGCUUCUGGAACCCCUCAGCAGCAGAUGCCGGGGGCGUACUGGGACGGGCGGCGCCCGGCAGGAGGGCCGACCCAAGGUGUUCCAGUAGGAUCUUCAGGUAGACCUGGAAGACAACCAGGUCAGGAACGUGACUGUGUAGUCAUGUAA